AUGAGCGUUUUGAAAAGCAAGAUUAAGGUGGCAUUGAUCCAAUUUGCCUCGGGAAUGCCCGACAAAGCUGUCAAUUUCAAAAAUUGUCGGAAAUUUGUGGCCGAGGCCAUGCGUCAAGAGCCUGGAACGAGCCUUGUGGUCUUGCCUGAAUGCUUUAACUCCACGUAUGCAGCCUCGGAGUUCCGCAAAAAUGCAGAGGUCAUCGAACAAUCGUCUCCCUCUGUCAAAUUCUUGAGUGACCUCGCCCGCGAUUACAAGGUCACUCUAGUGGGAGGAACCAUUCCAGAGCUUGAGCCUGCUUCAAACAACGUCUACAACACCUGUUUGAUCUUUGACAAAACAGGCCAAUUGAUCGGUCGCCACCGUAAAGUUCACUUGUUUGACGUGGACAUCCCAGGCGGAAUUCGCUUCAAGGAAAGCGACUCGCUCACUGGUGGGGACACCUCCACAACAAUUGACACGCCACAUGGAAAAUUUGGGGUGGGUGUGUGCUACGACAUGCGCUUCCCCGAACUGGCCACUGUGAGCGCUAGAAGAGGUGCUUUUGCCAUGAUUUACCCCAGUGCCUUCAACACUACAACUGGGCCUCUGCAUUGGCAUUUGCUUGCUAGGGCUCGUAGUGUCGACAAUGAACUCUACACAAUGCUGUGCUCGCCCGCUAGAGUCCCCGGGAGUGGCUACCAGGCUUACGGUCACAGUUUAGUAGUGGAUCCACAGGGAAAUAUUAUAGCAGAAGCUGGGCAGGGGGAGGAGAUCAUUUACGCCGAAUUGGACCCUGAAAAGAUCGACAUGAUGCGUAACAUGAUCCCAGUCACACGCCAAACGCGUUUCGAUGUGUAUCACGACGUGAGCACCGAUGCCAAAUAA